GUGGUUAACCGAAUGCUCUGGUCAACUUCUCUCACAUCCAUUAAUGGCUCCUAUAAAUAACCUCUCUACAUCUCUUCCAAUUCUCCAGGCCCUUCUUUAAUUUACUCUCUCUUUCUAUCUCUUUCCCCUUUUAGCUCUUUUUAGUCCUUCCUAUAAACAUUAUUGUCAGAGAGAAGAAAAAGAAAAGAAAAGAGAAAAUCAUGGUGUUUCCAGUGGUGUUACACAAACUUGCUGACUGGGUUUUGUACCAGGUUUUAGCUAAAUCAUGUUAUAGAGCUGCAAGGAAAGUGAGAAACUGUGGUAUCCUUUUAAGCAACAACAAUAACCCAUCUCUUAAAUCAUCACAACAACCUUCUUUGUUUCCUAGUGUGAGCAAAUGCUGUUUAGAGGGUAGGGGUUCUGACACUUUGGUGUGUGAUAUUCAAGGAACACUCCUAAGGUCUCAAUCCUUCUUCCCUUAUUUCAUGUUGGUUGCUUUUGAAGGUGGUAGUAUUGUGAGGGCAUUUCUGUUGCUUUUGUCAUGCCCAAUCUUGUGGGUUUUGGACUAUGAGCUCAAAUUAAGGGUCAUGAUAUUGAUAUCCUUUUGUGGGCUUAGGUUGAAGGAUAUGGAAAAUGUUUCAAGGGCUGUUUUGCCUAAGUUUUAUCUUGAGAACCUCAACCUUCAGGCUUAUGAGGUUUUGGCUUCAACAGGAACAAAGGCUGUCUUCACAAGUGUUCCUAGAGUGAUGGUUGAAGGAUUUCUUAAAGAAUAUUUGGGUGUUGCUAAUGUUAUAGGGUCUGAGUUACACACUUACGGGCACUACUACACAGGCUUGCUUUCUGAGUCUGGUUUGGUUGUAAAGCACAGAGCCCUUAAAGAGUUUUUUGGAGACACAAAGCCUGAUGUUGGUCUUGGUAGUUUAAGCCUCCAUGACCAUCUCUUCAUCUCCCUUUGCAAGGAAGCUUAUGUGAUAAACAAGGAAGAAAGCAAGAGCAGUACAAGCUCAGUGAUGCCAAGGGAAAAGUAUCCAAAGCCUCUGAUAUUUCAUGAUGGUAGGCUAGCUUUCUUGCCUACCCCCUUAGCAACUCUCACAAUGUUCAUGUGGCUUCCAUUUGGAAUUAUAAUAGCCAUCUUUAGAGUCUUGAUUGGUAUCUACCUUCCAUACAAGUUGGCUCUCUUAUUAGGCAGUUGGAGUGGUGUAAAUGUUCAGUUCAAAGGAUGCAAUCCUUCAAGAUCAAAUCACAAAAAAGGAGUUCUAUAUGUUUGCACACAUAGAACUCUCUUGGACCCAGUUUUCCUAAGCACAUCUUUAGGCAAGCCAUUGACUGCAGUGACAUAUAGCCUUAGCAAAAUGUCAGAAUUCAUAGCCCCUUUGAAAACAGUAAGAUUGACAAGAGACAGAAAACAAGAUGGAGGUACCAUGCAAAGAUUGCUAAGUGAAGGUGAUUUGGUGGUGUGCCCUGAAGGAACAACUUGUAGAGAGCCAUACCUGUUAAGGUUUAGCUCUUUGUUUGCUGAAUUAGCUGAAGACAUUGUCCCUGUGGCCAUAAACGCACAAGUGAGCAUGUUUUAUGGGACUACAGCUAGUGGACUCAAGUGCUUGGACCCAAUUUUCUUUUUGAUGAAUCCAAGACCUAGCUAUAAUCUUGAAAUUCUUCCAAAGCUUCCAAGAGAGCUCACAUGUGCUGGUGGGAAAUCAAGCUUUGAAGUGGCAAAUUAUAUUCAAAGAACACUGGCUGAUGCUUUAGGAUUUGAGUGCACCACUCUCACAAGAAGGGACAAGUACAUGAUGCUAGCAGGGAAUGAAGGGAUUGUAAUUGAAAACAAUAGAAAGAAUAUUUAUUAAUUUCCUUUAUUUUUUUUUGUGUGGGUAUUAUCCAUAUAGUUUCUUUUUUUUUUUUUCAUGUGAAAUUUUUGGCUAGGGAACCAGAUAUAUUUCUUUUUG